AUGGCUCGCUUGAUGAAUAUUCUUCGGCAGUUCUUGGGGUCAAGUCGUUCCUCUGCCUCUGCUGUCCCUGUCCCGCGAUUUGGCCGCUCAAUUGACACCGAUUUCUCCGUCUUUCGAGAGGGCGACCGAGUCAUCAUCAAUAAUGCGAAGGGGAGAGAUCCGCUCUUGACGAAGCCUCUUCGAAAGGGUCAGAAAUCGGAUGUGCGCCGAGGUCAGCUGGAACAUGACCAGAUUAUCGGCCGAAGAGUCCGAAGUCUCGUCCAGGCUCGCAAAGGUCCGGGGUAUCGAAUCACCCAUCCUUCCCUCGAAGAAUAUGUCGCGUUGACACCACGCCUCGUGACCCCGAUUUACGGCCACGAUGCGAACCUCAUUGCCUCACUCCUUGAUAUACACGUCUCGCCUCCAGGUGAGGGUGACGACGGCCGACCACCGCUCGAGAUCCUCGAAUCUGGAACAGGCCAUGGCUCCUUGACCCUACAGCUCUGCCGAGCAAUCCAAGCUGCCAAUUCUCUACCUCCUCCGAUUCCAAACGCCUCACAAGUGAAAUACCUUCAAGGGCGGCCGGUCCGACCCGACAAUAGCGGAAAUAACACUGCGAAAGAAACCAAAGAUGCAGCCAGCCCAACCGCGGAGGAAGAAGAAGUCAACCCCACGCAACAAAACUGGGACACAUGGCGCGCUCAGCGGAAAGCUAUAAUCCACACCGUUGAUGUCGCGCCGCAAUUCUCUAAACACGCGGAAUCUAUCGUGCGCGGCUUCCGCCGGGGUAUCUACGCCGGCAACGUCGACUUCUAUGUCGGACAUGUGGAGAAUUGGAUCGCAGAGCAGAUUCGUCUUCGCACACCUCCUCCAAGCAUCAACCCGUUCUCGCUCGCCAAGAAAGACACACUCGAGCCAUUUCUCACUCACGCUAUCCUCGACAUGCCCUCGGCAAACCUGCGCAUCCCUCACGUAGUGCCGAUCCUUAAACAAAAUGGACUCCUUGCCGUCUUCAUGCCCAGCGUCACACAGAUAGGGGAAUGUGUGGACACGAUUCGGAAGGAGAGGCUGCCGCUUGUUCUUGAAAAGGCGGUUGAGCUUGGUUCCGGAAUCAGCAAUGGGCGGCUCUGGGACAUUCGGUUCGCGACGAAGAAGUCGCGCGCGGAUCCGUCUUCCUGGGUCGAUCCCAGCGAGACCGGUGCUGAGGCCGAUGCUGAUGCCGAUGCUGCUGCUGCUGCUGAUUUGGAAGAGGCACACACUCCUUCUGAAGAAAAGGUUGUAGCGAAAGAAACCCCAGAGCAUGCCAAGCCGGAGAGUGUCCUUGUUUGCCGGCCGAAGGUCGGGACAAAGAUUAUUGGGGGUGGAUUCGUGGGGAUCUGGAGGAGGAUCGAGCAUUCUGAGCAGGAUGUUUCGCAGUAA